UAAUAGGUUAAUUUGAAUAAAUAAAGAUAUGGAUUAUUAUGAAAUACUACUUCAUUUGACAACUAUUGAUAAGACUGAAAAUGAAGAGAUUAAAGAUUUUGAUGGAAGAUUGCAAUAUAUUUUACAAAAAGUAAAACGAAUUUUAAUGAAAAAUAAUAAAAAAUUCUUAAAUAACAAUAUUUAUGAUAAAGACGAUAUUAGAUAUCAAUAUAUAUGUAUUACUAUACAUAUUUUACAAAAUAUAAAUAUAUGUGAUUCUACCAAUAAUGAAUCUUUAUUCAGUGUUAAACAAUUCCAUACUUUAAAAAUUUGUAUAGAACUGAUAACAGCAAUGGGAAUUAUACCUUGCCUUUUACCUGGAGUUGGAGUUGAUAUGGUUAAAUUAUGUCCCAGAGCUUUGACAAUUUAUAAUGAAAAACUAACAGAUUUACAAAAAUAUAAACGAUUACAAUUCACAAUUAAUUCUCUUAUACAAUUAUACAAUGAAGUUAUGUUUCGUCCUGCAAUACUUGCUCAAGUAGGACCAUUAUUAGCUGCACUUUUACAAUUAAGUUAUGCUCCAUUGAUGAAACCAUCUGAAAAGAAUAUAUCUAAUCAAUCAAAAAAUAGAAGCAAAGAUGAAUUUAUAAUGACUGAAGAUUUAUAUAAUGAAUUAAAAAAAGAUCAAGAACAUUUUAUAUGUUUGCUUCAUGAAUUCUUAAAUAUUUGUCCUUUAUCUACAAGCAUGAAAGAAUUAAUGGUAAUUUUUGGAAUCAAAGGAGCACCAAAAUGGCUCCAACGCAAAACUCGUCACUAUCUAUUACAACAACUCAUGCAACCUAAUGGAAUUGUUUCAAUCAUAACUGCUAUUUGUGAAGAUGUAUUGGAUUUUGGAGAACAUUGGGAUAAAUUGGGUAUUAUUUCCAGAUUAAUAGCUACAUCACAUGGAAAUAAUUCUAAUGAAUAUUACGAAUCCAUAUGUACACAAUUAUUGAAUCUUUUAACAUCAACACCGAUUAAACAUUCAACAACAAUAGCAAAUUGUUGCAUUACUGCACUUUAUGAAUAUAAUGCUAAUAUUUGUUUUAAAAAUAUUGUAGCAGUAAUAUGUAAUCCAUUAUUGGAAAUAUCAAAAAAUGAUCAAAAUGUAUUAAAAAACGAAAAUGAAGUAGAAAAAUGCAUUGAAAAUUUAACAAAAUGUUUUAUAACUGUGGAAGCUAAAUUUAAACAAUUACCUUGUGAACUUUUAACACAUGUGGCUGUUCCUUUAUUUUCAUUAUAUAAUAAUUUUAGGCAAAGUGUUUGUGCAGAGAAAAUCAAAAUUAAACAACUCAUAUUGUUACUUUUAUAUGAAGAAUCGUUAAGAAAUAAUCUUUUUGCUGUAUUUCUUGGUCACAGUAUAACUAAUAAUUAUGGAAAUCGUUUAAAGUCGAGGUUUGGACCAUCAGGUGGAAUUGAAAUUAUAGGAAUUGAUGAGACUUGUAAAUAUGAAGAAUUUGCAGAUAGUUUAUUUGAUUUAACAUUUACUAUAGAAGUAUUAUCAACUAAAUUAUUUUCCUAUUUACUAAAAUUUCUAUCGAAUUCUAUAGAAUUAAAUCAGCAAAAUUUAUUAGAAACAGAAGAUGAUAUAAUUGAUAAAAUUGAAAAACAAUUAGCAGCUAUAAAACUUUUAUCAAGUUUAGCUAAUAUAUCUGCAGUACAAGAAGCACAAGUUGAAAAUCCAACAUCGUUAUUUUGUUUUAUAAAAUCAUUAUUUAAUCAAUAUAUUAAAAAAAAUCAGACUUCUUCAGAUGAAAGUGAUUGUGAAAUUUUGUAUGUCAGUUUAAUGUUAAUAAAAAUAAUUUUGAAUGAAAGAAAAAAACCUUUAAAUUGGGCAAUAUUCAGUGAUUUUGUAAUAUUCUUAAAAGAAUGUUGUAUUUCCAAUAUUUCAUCACAAUUGUUAUUAUUAACACGAGAAUUGAUAAAAUUGAUUGAAACUCAAGGUAAAUCUGAACAAAAACAUUAUGAGGAUCUCUCAGUGAAUUGUAAGUCAUUGAACAAAUUUGAACAAGCACUUAAAGAUCUCGUAGAUCCAUUACUACCUGUGCGUGCACAUGGUCUUAUAACUCUUACCAAAUUGAUUGAAAAUAUGGAUCCAUAUGCAAUUGCUAGAAAAGCAAUUCUUUUACAACUAUUUACAGAAAAUUUGAAACAUGAAGAUUCAUUUAUAUAUUUGGCAGCAAUUAAUGGAUUGUGUGUUUUAACCACUUCAUAUCCACAAGUGGUUAUCGAAAUGUUAAUACAAGAAUAUAUUAAUAUGCCACAACGUGUUUCAGCAAAAGAAAUAACUGUAGAAACUAGGAUCAAGUUGGGAGAAAUACUUGUAAAAGUGACCAGAACUUUAGGUGAAAUGGCAUCAGCUUAUAAAAAUAUUUUAAUAAAUGGAUUCUUAUGUGCUACAAAAGAUUUAGAUUCUUUAGUACGUGCAUCUAGUCUUUCUUGCUUAGGCGAAUUAUGUAAGGUUUUAGGUUUUCGAUUAGGAGACAUUGUUAUUGAGGUAAUCUAUUGCAUUAGUUGUAUUAUAAAAACAGAUAAAAAUCCCGAAUGUCGACGAGCUGCAGUUAUGGUUAGUACUUUGUUACUUCGUGGCCUUGGAAAAGAUACUCUAACAAAUCUCGGUAAAGAUUUGGUUGAUUUAUAUCGUGGUCUUAAAUAUUUACGGGAUAACGAUGAGGAUACAGUGCUAUGUUUACAUGCUCAACUAGCUCUGGAAGAAUUGGAUUAUAUAAUGAGAGAUUUCCUUUUUUCUGCUCCAAAACUCGAAAAAAGAAUAUUUUUGUUAGGAUCAUAAUAAUAGUUAAUAAUAAUAAUUAUUCUGAAAAAUAUUAUUCAAGAAUAUUUACAUCUUGAUUUUUAUAAAGAAUAUUUAUAAAAGAAUUAUUAUUAUUUAAUAUAUAAUUUUUUGUUAUUUAUCAUAAUAUAAAUCUUAAAUAUAAACGAAUAAAAUCAAUUUUUUCUAACAUAAGUUUUUUAAAAAAAAAAUUUUAUAUUUAUAUUUUAUAUACGUUUUAUCAUUUUUAUUAUUUUAUAUCAUUUAUAUUAAAUUGAUUGCUAUUUUUUAUGGAAACAAUGAAAUAAUUAUAUAUAUACUUAAUACGAAAAUCAAAACAAAUGAAUUAACGUAAUUAGAAAAUAUAUUUUAACAAUAAUAUUAUAUUUCAUAUAACUGAAAGACAUAAAAUGAUAGAAAUAACUGAACUUCUAGUACUUAUCAAGUAAUUAUUAAAAAAAUGUUGAAAUAUGGACUACAAAAAUAUUGUAUCCUCCGAAAAGAAUCCAGCUAAACGAAUAUCAUCUCGUUUGAGACAGACAUAUAAUCUUUGAGGUUGUGCUGUUGAUGUUGGUGAAGGCCGUGGUGUUACAAUACG